CUCUCAAAGUCAAACUCCAGUCCUGCAACCUGCACCAUCUUGCUGUAUCAUAUUCACCGUUCCCGACACAUUCGCGGGACCGUAUUUACCGCACUACAAGGCCCUUGGAGUUUGAACCAGCACAAAUAUGUCAAGCGAAUCGACGGCGAAGCCGACGUCGAGCGAGAACAUCGUCGCGCAGAAGUAUGACCGCUGCUUGGCGGACCUUGUUGUGAAGUCAGGAGUAGGCUUCAGCGUCGGUGUUAUUGCCUCCGUCAUCCUCUUCCGCCGACGAGGGUGGCCCAUCGCGCUCUCGACAGGCUUCGGGGCGGGAGCUGCCUACGCAGACUGCGACCGAUCUUUCAACCCCGCGCGGAUACCGGGCACGCGCGUCGUCAGCGCGCAGGAGCUUGCGGCACUCGCGGCGCAGGCACAACAGCCGAAGUGAGGUGUGCGUGGAGGAACAGGACACUACGAAGCGGAGGAGAGGGAGAUGGGAGCGGAUAAUGAUGCGGGUGCCCAUAUGGAUUGCGAGGGGAUGAGUACGAUACAUGGUGGUCUAUAGAAGCGCUUCUUCCCGUCUGCUCUAGGAGUCGUCGUGAGACUUGCUGCAUGAUUUUCCACCUGGGCUU